GGAACAGCAGAGGGGGCUCCUGUUAUUAUUUCUGGGGGUACAGCUGCUGCUUAUGGGGGCAUUCCUCCACCAGAACCACAACCGCCACAGCCUCGCCUCCUCCUUGCACAUCCUGAUACGGGACAGGCCAAUGGUGGGAGAAGAGUUGCCCUUUUUGGUCUCAGUCUCCUCUGCAGGGGCCUCUUCCCAGGAUGUGUAUGCCAACCUCAGCCAGAUCCACCCUGUGGACGUUAGUGAAGAGCACCUGCCCAGCUGCCCCCUCAUCUCACCCUACAUCAAUGGCCCCUUGAAGGUGAUGAUCCCAGAGAACUUGACGAUGGAGCAGGUGCUGGAAAAGAACCCGCUGGUGGAGCUGGGAGACCAGUACUGGCCGCCUGACUGCUGGACACGGCACCACACGGCAGUUGUGGUGCCCUGCUAUGGGCAAGACCAGCACCUGCGGCACCUGCUCUUCCACCUGCACCCCUUCCUGCAGCACCAGCAACUGCACUAUGCCAUCUACGUGGUGAACCAGGUGCACAACACCGCCUUCAACCGGGGCAAACUGCGUGAUGUGGGGUUCUGGGAGGCCAUGCAGGAGGAGGAAUGGGACUGUGUCUUUUUCCACGAUGUGAACCUCCUCCCAGAGGAUGACCGCAACCUCUACAUCUGCGACAUCUUUCCUGCUCAUGUGUCUGUGGCCAUUGACAAGUUCAACUACAAGCUGCAACUGAGCGGGAUGCUCCUCUCCCGACCCCAUCUGCUCUUUGGCCACUACCACAUGCUGGAGGGGCAGGACCCCAGCCACCAGCAGAGCCCCCACAGCCCUGGCCUUCUGGCCUCAGUCCGCUGCAGAUGGCAGCAGGAUGGCAUAAACUCACUGGGCUACAGGCUGCUGUCCAAGGAGCUGCAGCCCCUCUACACCAACCUCACCGUGGACAUCAACUUCCCAGCUUCCCAGCCCUAGGAGCCCCCGUGCCAAGCUGAGGGGGAGCUGGAGGCUGGAACAGAAUCUCUAAGACCUGGGCUGCAGGGCAGCCCUCCCAACUGGUUGCCUAUUAAAGGAGUUUAUUUUACUCACUUCUCCUCUCUGCCAACCUUCAUCCCCACCCUUUCAUUUCCAGGCAUUGAUUCAGAGCCCCACUCAAAUUCCCUGGUUCUCUCCAUGUGGUUCCAAGUGCUGACCACUCACCUACCAAUUUACUUCUCAUGAAAACUUGUGGGGUAGGCACUGUUAGCAUCAUCCUUUAAAAACCCAGGACAGAAGAGGGCGCCUGGGUGG